CAUCUACAACCCAUGACCAUGAAAGCGAAUCCAAGAAGAAAGAGGGUAAGGCUCUUUACAAAGCCUUAAAAAAGCUCUACAAACAGGUGCUUAGGGACACAGCCAACCAAAAUGCCUUUUCUCUACUUUAUGCAACCAGUAGCCCCAUAGAAGAUAGAGCCACACACCAAAAUCCAAGUUAUCAAAUACCACCCCCCUCUCUCUCUCUCUCUCUCUCUCUCUAUCUUUCUCUCUCCCCAAAAACCCAAAUCCAAACAUAACUCAAUGCAAAAAAACAAAGCAAAAUAAAGAAAGCAAGAAACUGUGUGUGCGUGCUUUGGGGACUGCAAGUGCAAGCUUGUUCGCAACUCUCAAAGCUGAAAAACUAUUUGCUGUAUUCUGCUUAUUACUCCCAACCCCAGAAAGAAAACCAAAACACAUGCUCGUUCAUUCCCCCAACUCUUUUUAUCAUCACAUCCACCACCAAAAUCUCCUCUCUUCUUUCUCCUCCUUCCUCAACUUUCAUCCGAUCUUUUUGAACUUCACCUUCUUCCUCAGGGGUUAGAGACUUUUUGUUGAAUUGGGUAAUACAAGGAAUUAGCAAAGAUGAUCACGCUAUCAGACUUCUACCAUGUUAUGACUGCAAUGGUGCCACUUUACGUGGCCAUGAUCUUAGCCUAUGGCUCAGUGAAAUGGUGGAAGAUCUUCACCCCAGACCAGUGCUCCGGUAUCAACCGGUUUGUGGCUCUCUUUGCAGUCCCUCUCCUCUCGUUCCACUUCAUCUCCACCAAUGAUCCGUACACCAUGAACUUGAGGUUUAUUGCUGCUGAUACCCUCCAAAAGCUCAUCGUUUUAGCUGGUCUUGCGGUUUGGACUAAGGUGAGCAAAAGGGGCUGCUUGGAAUGGGCAAUUACUCUGUUCUCAGUCUCGACUCUACCAAACACUUUGGUCAUGGGCAUCCCUUUGCUCAAAGGAAUGUAUGGUGACUUUUCUGGAAGUUUGAUGGUCCAAAUUGUGGUCCUUCAGUGCAUCAUUUGGUACACUUUGAUGCUCUUCUUAUUUGAAUUCAGAGGCGCCAGAUUGCUCAUCUCUGAGCAGUUCCCAGACACUGCGGGCUCCAUUGUCUCAAUCCAUGUUGACUCUGACAUCAUGUCACUUGAUGGAAGGCAGCCUCUAGAAACCGAAGCUGAAAUCAAAGAAGAUGGAAAGCUUCAUGUCACUGUAAGAAAAUCCAAUGCUUCAAGAUCAGAUAUCUUCUCAAGAAGGUCACAAGGUUUGUCAUCCACAACUCCCAGACCCUCCAAUCUAACCAAUGCAGAGAUAUACUCCUUGCAAUCCUCAAGAAACCCCACUCCAAGAGGUUCUAGUUUCAAUCACACAGAUUUCUACUCCAUGAUGGCUGGUGGGAGGAACUCAAACUUUGGUGCCUCUGAUGUUUAUGGCCUCUCAGCGUCACGAGGGCCAACACCAAGGCCUUCGAAUUACGAGGAAGAUGGUGGCGUCGGUGGCAAGCCUAGGUUCCAUUACCAUGCAGGCACAGGUGGGGCAGGGCAUUACCCCGCACCAAACCCGGGCAUGUUCUCACCAACGGGAUCAAAAAAUGUUGGUGCUAAUGCAAAUGCAAAGAAGCCAAAUGGCCAAGCUCAGCAGAAGAGCGAGGAUGGUGCUAGGGAUCUCCAUAUGUUUGUUUGGAGCUCUAGUGCCUCUCCUGUUUCAGAUGUCUUUGGAGGGCAUGAAUAUGUUGCUCAUGAUCAGAAAGAAGUGAGAAUGGGCGCUUCUCCAGGAAAAGUGGAGGGUCAGAGAGAGACUCAGGACUACUUAGAGAGAGACGAGUUUAGCUUUGGGAAUAGAGAAGGAGAGAUGAACAAUCUUGAAGCUGAGAAAGUGGGAGAUGGAAAACCCAAAACCAUGCCUCCAGCAAGUGUCAUGACUAGGCUUAUACUCAUCAUGGUUUGGAGAAAGCUGAUCAGAAACCCCAACACAUACUCCAGUUUAAUCGGCCUCACUUGGUCUCUAGUCUCAUUCAGGUGGAAUGUUGAAAUGCCAGCCAUCGUAGCAAAGUCCAUUGCCAUACUGUCAGAUGCAGGGCUUGGCAUGGCUAUGUUCAGUCUUGGUCUGUUCAUGGCUUUGCAACCGAGGAUCAUAGCAUGUGGGAAUUCCGUUGCAGCUUUUGCUAUGACUAUUAGAUUCCUUGCAGGUCCAGCUGUCAUGGCAGCAGCUUCCAUUGCUGUUGGCCUUAAGGGCGUUCUCUUACACGUUGCCAUUGUCCAGGCAGCUCUCCCACAAGGAAUUGUCCCCUUUGUCUUUGCCAAGGAGUACAAUGUACAUCCUGACAUUCUCAGCACAGCUGUUAUAUUUGGGAUGCUAAUUGCAUUGCCCAUAACGCUUGUCUACUAUAUUUUGUUGGGGCUAUGAAAUGGUGGAAAUCAUCAGAGAACAGGGCAUGCAUCAAUGAAAGCUCAAGCAAGCCAAUGUAGUGCAAGGAAAAGCCUGACAGAUGAUGAUAAAAACCAGAAGCAUAAUGAGGAAUAGGAUCGGAGAAUGAUGAAUCUUUUCUUUUGAAUUGUCUUGGUAGUAAAAUUGUAAAAUCAUGUUUGUAGUCAAUUUAUAUAUAUUAAAAAAAAAAAUGUUGCUUUAGUUAAUUAUAAACCAGAAUUUCCUUCUGUUCUCUUCCUAGAAUUUAGCCUUUCAGAAAAAGCAACAGAAAGAAAGAAGAAAAAGGAAAAGAAAAAGGAAAGGAGGAAAGGAAAGUGAGUGGAUGUAAUGAUGCCCUCAUGUUAUUGUCUAAUGCUCUACUUGAAUGAAUGCUGAAGGUUUCAAGCUUUCUUUUCUUUGACCA